AUGAAUAGCGAAUUUGGUGUUUUGACAUUAUUGUCAGUGAUAAUGUUAUGUGGGAGUUAUGGAGCAGGAUGUAUACCAUUAAUUAUGCCGAUGUCUGAGAGCAAACUGCAGAUGGUAUCUGUUUUCGGAGCUGGACUACUUGUUGGGACAGCACUUUCUGUUAUUAUUCCUGAAGGGAUCAAGGCUUUGUUUUCAUCAGUCCCUCUACACAAAAGUGUUGGAAAAGUUGUAUCUACUGUAGAUGCCGCAUUAGAAGAACAUGGAGAGGAUGAUCUUCACUCUGCUAUUGGACUUUCAUUAGUUCUAGGGUUUGUUGUUAUGUUGCUUGUGGACCAGAUCUCUUCAAGACAUAAUAGAGAUGUUGAAGGAGGUAUCAACCGUGGUCCAAAGUUAACAGCUACGGUUGGUCUUGUAGUCCAUUCUGCUGUUGAUGGGAUUGCUCUAGGUGCUGCUGCCACCACGACUCAUACUGAUGUUGAGUUUAUUGUUUUUAUUGCCAUCAUGCUACAUAAGGCACCUGCUGCUUUUGGAUUGGUGUCUUUUUUGAUGCAUGAAGGACUGGAUAAACAGAGAAUAAAAAGACAUCUCCUUAUAUUUUCAUUAUCAGCACCACUUUUUGCACUGAUUACUUUCUCCUGCAUUGGUCAGGAAGGUAAAGAGAAGUUGAGUUCCUUGAAUGCUACUGGCAUCGCUAUGUUGUUUUCUGCUGGUACGUUUCUUUAUGUGGCUACUGUUCAUGUAUUACCAGAAUUAACCGGUAGACUUGGAGGGCACUUGGCACCGAGCCAGCUGAUUGCCCUUGUUCUUGGGACAAUGCUUCCGCUGCUCCUUUCAGCAGGUCAUCAUCACUAG